AUCAAAACUGCCGCAAAGGGCCGCAGUCGCCCACGGUUUUAAGCUUUCUCCUCGUAGACCUCCGUUUUCUUCUCCGGAGACCAGAUCGCGCACGCAUAUAUUCUUGUUCCGAAGCCCCACAAAAAGUUUCCCGAGGAAGAGAAGAAGAACAGAAUGGAGAACGGGCAUGCGAGUGGGUUUAAUCGGCGCGCUGCCGGGACGCUGGGCCGGCACCUGGCCCAGCGCCUGGUGCAGAUCGGCGUCCGGGACGUGUUCUCGGUGCCGGGCGACUUCAAUCUGACCCUCCUCGACCACCUGAUCGCCGAGCCGGAGCUCAAUCUGGUGGGGUGCUGCAACGAGCUCAAUGCCGGCUACGCCGCCGACGGCUACGCCCGGGCACGCGGCGUGGGCGCCUGCGUCGUGACCUUCAGCGUGGGCGGGCUCAGCGUCAUCAACGCCAUCGCCGGCUCCUACAGCGAGAACCUCCCCAUCAUUUGUAUAGUCGGCGGUCCCAAUUCCAACGACUAUGGCACCAAUCGCAUCCUCCACCACACCAUCGGCCUUCCCGAUUUCACUCAGGAGCUCCGCUGCUUCCAGACCGUCACUUGCUUCCAGGCAGUGGUGAAUAAUUUGGAUGAUGCACAUGAGCUGAUCGAUACGGCGAUCUCGACGGCGCUCAAGGAGUCCAAACCUGUUUACAUCAGCAUCAGCUGCAACUUGCCGGGCAUUCCUCAUCCGACUUUUGCUUCCGAGCCGGUGCCCUUUUUUCUUGCACCUAAGGUUAGCAACCAAAUGGGAUUAGAAGCUGCAGUAGAGGCAACAGCAGAAUUUCUGAACAAGGCUGUGAAGCCAGUGUUGGUUGCAGGGCCCAAACUAAGGGUAGCCAAGGCUCAGCAAGCAUUUGUAGAACUUGUCAAUGUUUGUGGUUUCCCAAUAGCUAUUAUGCCAUCUGGCAAGGGGCUAGUACCAGAACACCACCCCCAUUUCAUUGGGACCUACUGGGGUGCAGUGAGCACCAAUUUCUGUGGCGAGAUUGUGGAGUCAGCUGAUGCAUAUGUUUUUGCUGGCCCAAUCUUUAAUGACUACAGCUCUGUGGGUUAUUCUUUGCUAAUCAAGAAAGAGAAAGCAGUGAUUGUACAACCCAAUCGAGUGACUGUUGGGAAUGGGCCUUCUUUUGGUUGGGUUUUCAUGGCCGACUUCCUAACUGCACUUGCACAGAAGCUCAGGAAGAACACCACAGCCUUGGAAAAUUAUCGACGGAUCUUCGUACCCCCCUGCGUUCCUCUCAAACGUGAGAACAAUGAGCCUUUGAGGGUCAACAUCCUUUUUAAGCACAUCCAGAAUAUGCUGAGUGGAGACACAGCAGUUAUUUCAGAGACUGGUGACUCUUGGUUCAAUUGUCAAAAGCUUCGGUUGCCAGAGAAUUGUGGAUAUGAGUUCCAGAUGCAGUAUGGGUCUAUUGGAUGGUCGGUUGGUGCCACUCUUGGAUAUGCACAAGCUGCCAAGGAUAAACGUGUAAUUGCUUGCAUAGGUGAUGGAAGUUUCCAGGUGACCGCACAGGAAAUUUCUACAAUGAUCCGCUGUGGGCAGCGAAGCAUUAUAUUUCUCAUCAAUAAUGGUGGCUACACCAUUGAAGUAGAGAUCCAUGAUGGUCCUUACAAUGUGAUCAAGAACUGGAACUAUACUGGAUUGGUUGAUGCCAUUAACAAUGGACGAGGCGGAUGUUGGACUUCCAAGGUGCGCACAGAGGAAGAAUUGCUAGAUGCCAUUUCGAAGGCAACUGGAGAGCAAAAGGAUAGCUUGUGCUUUAUUGAGGUCAUAGUGCAUAAAGAUGAUACAAGCAAGGAGCUCCUGGAGUGGGGAUCUAGAGUCUCAGCAGCCAAUAGUCGCCCUCCAAAUCCGCAAUAGCUGGAUGAAUACAUGACAGAAAAUCUGGUAUUAUGUAAUUGCUAAUAGGGCUAAGAAUGUUGUAUCAAAGCUGAUUCAGUGGGGUGGAUGAUGCUGCAUGACGAAUAAGUAGCUGUGUUCACUGCUACAGUAACUUAGAAAAUCAUUGUGUGAAUCUGUCUGGUAAUAAGAUAAGCUUUAGCAAUACUUCUGUAGGCGGGCGUUUCUGUUGCUUUAGUGCAAGCUGCUUUGUUAAUUGCCCCAUGUCCAGGAUCAAUAGUACGCCUUUGCAAUUUUAUCUCUUGCUAACAAACUAUAAAUACAUUAAAUAGAAGCUGGCAAAUCUUCAGCUGAUGGUUCCUAUUUGCUUA